AAACCUCCCCUAUAAAUUAAAUCCCCCCCCCCCCCCAUGGCCUCAUUCCCUAACCAAGUGUGAGCAUUAUUAUUCAGUAAUAAUACGUUCCCCCUUCCCAAACCCGCUUAAUUAUAAGCAAUCCAAAGUCCUUUUUAAUUUAUCUUAGCUACCAAUGGCAUCACCAAGGUGGUUUGCCGCCGUAGCGGUGUGCGUCGUCUUGGCGGCGGCUUUAGCCCCCCGUGCCGAAGCCGCCAUCAGUUGCGGUCAGGUUUCCGGGGCCCUCGUCCCUUGCUUGUCUUACUUGAAGGGAACCGGGGCCACGCUGCCGCCCGCAAACUGCUGCAGUGGCGUCCAAAAACUAAACAACCUGGCUCAAACCACCACCGACCGCCAGGCGGCUUGCAACUGUCUUAAAACUAUCGCUAAGAGCGUAAGCGGGAUCAAUUUAAAUGCCGCCUCCGGCCUCCCGGGUAAAUGCCGCGUAAACAUUCCGUACAAGAUCAGCCUCUCCACCAAUUGCGCCAACGUGAAGUGAUGCGGACCAAAGUUGCUACCAUUUGCAUGUAUUAGUGAUAAUAAAACAUUGUGUGACCCGAUGGUGGAGUAAUAAAUUGUGAGGUUUCCUUUGUGAUGGAUGAUGAUCCCUUUUUGGGGUCUGAUUAGGAUCAGUAUGUGAACUUCUUGGAGACCUCUUUCUUUCUUUCUUUCUUUCUUUCUUUCUUUCUUUUUCCUUUGUUUGUUUUGGUUAUCUACUCGUUGGAUCAGCGGGCAUGUAUGUUGCUAAUGGGUUUUACUUUUUUUAUCCGUCCCACAAAACACUUCUCAUUCCUUUUAAAAAGUCUCUUUUACCCCUUACUUUUUCAUACUCUAACUAUCACAUCAUACCUUUUUACUUAUAAUCU